CUCGUGGAGCGAGCUGUACUCCUACGCGCUCUUCAAGGCCAUGAGCCACAUGCUGUGCAUCGGUUACGGCCGCCAGGCGCCCGUGGGCUUGUCCGACGUCUGGCUCACCAUGCUCAGCAUGAUCGUGGGCGCCACCUGCUACGCCAUGUUCAUCGGCCACGCCACCGCCCUCAUCCAGUCCCUCGACUCGUCCCGGCGCCAGUACCAGGAGAAGUACAAGCAGGUGGAGCAGUACAUGUCCUUCCACAAGCUGCCCCCCGACACGCGGCAGCGCAUCCACGACUACUACGAGCACCGCUACCAGGGCAAGAUGUUCGACGAGGACAGCAUCCUGGGCGAGCUCAGCGGGCCGCUGCGGGAGGAGAUCAUCAACUUCAACUGCCGCAAGUUGGUGGCGUCCAUGCCGCUGUUCGCCAACGCGGAUCCCAACUUCGUGACGGCCAUGCUGACCAAGCUCAGGUUCGAGGUCUUCCAGCCGGGAGACUUCAUCAUCCGCGAGGGCACGAUCGGCAAGAAGAUGUAUUUCAUCCAGCACGGGGUGGUCAGCGUGCUGACCAAGGGCAACAAGGAGAUGAAGCUGGCGGACGGCUCCUACUUCGGGGAGAUCUGUCUGCUGACCCGCGGCCGGCGCACGGCCAGUGUCCGCGCGGACACCUACUGUCGCCUGUACUCGCUGAGCGUCGACCACUUCAACGAGGUGCUGGAGGAGCACCCCAUGAUGCGGCGCGCCUUCGAGACCGUGGCGCUCGACCGUCUGGACCGCAUCGGGAAGAAGAACUCGCUGCUGCUGCACAAGGUGCAGCACGACCUCAACUCGGGCGUGUUCGACCGGCGGGAGAGCGCCAUGAUCCAGCAGAUCGUGCAGCUGGACAGACAGAUGGCGCGCCGCGCACCCCCGCCGCCCGGCCCCGCGCCCCCGCUCUGGACGCCGCUGGUGCGCGCGCCCUUGCAGGCGGCCGCCGUCGCCCCCGCGCUCGCCUGGGCCCUGGCGCCGCCCCCGCGCGCCCCCGCCGCGGCCCGCGCGCCCCCGAGGCCUCCUCCCGCCUCGCCGCGCGCCCCCGCCGCCCCCGCGCGGCCCCGCGUCCCGCGCGCGCCGCCCCCGCCCCCGCGCUCGCCCGGCCGCGCGCCCCGCGUCCCCGCGCCCCCGCCGCUUGCGCGCAGGCCCAUCUCGGCGUCGCAGCCCGCGCUGCAGGCCCCGCGCGGGGACCCCCCGCCCCGAAACUGCUCCUCGGGGUCCCUGCCGCGGGGGGCGCCCCCCGGCCGCAACAAGCUGCCCUCCCUGCUCUGA